AUGGCGCCUUUCAAAUUCGUGAAAAAAAGCACCAAAGACAAGGCCAAACAGGAACCUGUAACAAGUACAUCAACUUCGCCAGUCGCUUCGGCUAAGCAGCCAACAAUCCCACCACACAAUCCAAAGCGGUUUGUGCAAAGUGGCAAACGGCCCGUCUCAAAUGUUCCGGAGCCCGGCGCCAUGCGAAUCUUUCCUACUCCUGUUCCCGCCCAACAAAGAAAUGUAUCUAGUGCUUCGGCGCUGCAACAGGCUGAAUACACGCCCUGGCUGAGAAUAAAGCUACCCAACUCUCCUUUUCCUCGCUACCGCCAUGUCGCAUCGGCAUAUACAUCCGAACAAAACCAGAUUUUCGUCAUUGGUGGUCUUCACGAUCAAUCAGUUUAUGGAGACACCUGGAUACUCUCUGCUCUCGAAGAAGGCACAAAAUUCUCUUCUAGAACCAUAGAAAUAACUGACUCUACACCCCCUCCUCGUGUAGGGCAUGCUUCAACCCUUUGUGGUAACGCCUUUGUCACCUUUGGAGGUGACACUCACAAGGUAAACAGCGAAGGACUCAUGGAUGACGACAUUUACCUUUUCAAUGUCAACUCCUACAAAUGGACGAUUCCCAAACCUGUAGGUCCAAGACCACUUGGCAGAUACGGGCACAAAAUAAGCGUCAUUGCUACUUCUCAGCUAAAGACAAAACUAUACGUCUUUGGCGGUCAAUUCGAUGACACCUACUUCAACGACUUGGCCGUUUUUGACCUGUCAUCAUUUCGGCGUCCAGAUUCGCAUUGGCAAUUUAUCAAACCCAACACUUUCAUUCCACCGCCAUUGACGAAUCACACAAUGAUUUCAUAUGACUUCAAACUUUGGGUUUUCGGUGGUGAUACGCCUCAGGGUCUUAGAAACGAUCUUUUCCUGUUUGACCCGCAAAUCAAUGACUGGAGAGUCGUUCAGACAACUGGAGAAAAGCCUCCUCCAGUGCAAGAACACGCUGCUAUACUUUAUGGCGACCUCAUGUGCGUAGUUGGAGGUAAAGACGAACAGGACGCCUACUCCAACGACGUGUACUUCCUGAAUCUGAUUUCUUUAAAGUGGUUCAAGUUGCCGACAUAUAAAAUGGCAAUUCCUCAGGGGCGCUCGGGCCACUCUUUGACGUUACUACCUAAUCAUAAGCUCUUGAUUAUGGGCGGAGACAAGUUCGAUUAUGCUAGACCUGACCCCAAAGAUCUCCACACUUCUGAGGUAGACAUGAACUGCGGAACAAUUCUUUAUUCUUUGGACCUGACUCGGCUCAAAGAAAACAUUCCCGGUAUUUUUGACUCAAAUUUUCAGGACGCUUCUCGAAAAGCUCGAGAGCCGACAUCUCCCUCAGCCAACAAUCGUACAGCACCCAAUCAACAACAAAAUAUUCUCACUCCUUUCAGCGAGAGAUAUCAAACGCCCAAAACCGAGCAAGGUGCUUUCGUUAAUGCGGAAAAUCACACUUCGCCAAGUAACGUAAGAGAUAUGGCACCCCCAAUUCCAGAAGACAGUCAGCAGGAAUCCAGAGGUUUGCACGCUGCACAGGAAAUCAAGAAGCCUACUUCCCCGAUUCCACAACUGAAAACAAGCCAGUGGAAUGGUGCUCAGAGUCCUCCUCCACGAGUGGUGUCGUUGAGCUCUGGUAACGACUCAGAUCUCAAUACUUCAAGGGGGCAUGACAGUCAAUUGAGCAACGACACGAGUGAAGAGUAUGGUGUUGCGCUGAUUGGAAAUUCCCCCUCUCGGCCUGUCAUUAGAGAAAGCAUAAUACCUGAAAAUGAAACGCUUGAGAAUCUGCCUAAUCGUAUUAUUCCAGAAGACUUGACCCCAAAAAGCGAGGACUUCAAAAGCACCGUCUCAGAUUCUAAUUAUAAAAACAACACUUAUUCGCCAAGCGGAAAAGGGUCUCAGGGACCAGUUACCAAUGUGACGAAGGACAUGAUUAAUGCUCUAAAACUAGAGCUCGGGGAAUUGAGGUCGGAAGCUCAAAAAAGUGCGCAAUCCGCGAGUGAACGGAUAAGAGAGCUGGAGAUCGAGAAUGGAAAACUCAAGGAGAGCGAUAAUGUCGGAACACGUCUUGUUAGAUUGCAAACAGAUUACGACAUCGCAGUGGUUGAUAAAAAAGCUCAUGAGGAUAGAGUGAUUGAAGUAGAGGAUCUUCUAUCCAAGAAGUUUUUGGAUGUGGCCCGUUUGCACGAUAUCAUACAAGACCAAAGUAACAAGCUGAGCACAUUCGAUGAAGAACAGACUUUCAAAGAAAAACAUGACGAAUUGGCUUUGAAAUAUGAGCAACUGCUUAAGAGCCAUGAAGCGUUGAAAGCACAAGAUCGAGAGCAAGCAAAGAGCUUACAUUCGACUGUUGAACAAUACAACGUGCAGCUGACUGAUUUUCUGGCACUGACGAAGAAAGGAGAUCAAGGAGAGAGGGGCACUUUAAUUUCCGACCACCAUCAAAAACUCAUCAACGAUCUUAAGUCGAAUCUGGAGAAAUUGACUGUUGAAAAAGAGGAGAUCGAAAAGUCAAAGAGAGAACUCUCACAAUCGUGUAAAGACCUCCAAGAUAAGAAUGACGAACUCGCGACCACCGUCAGGAACCUUGAACACAACUAUGAGAGUAGUGUGAAUUCGGUAAACUAUGCGAGCAGGGCACUGGAGUUGUCUCAGGCCGAACUCAACAAGUUCAAGCAGGAAAACAAGCAGCUAACCGACGAGCUGGAAGAACUCAAGUAUAAGUCCACGGAUCGUCGUGACAUAAGUCUCACGUCUAAUGACGACUCUAUCUUGAGCGUCGGAGGGGGCGCGCCGGGCUCGGAAACGAGGAACGACAUGCGUGACGCUCCGUACCGCUUAAAAAUCAAAGACUUGAAGGCAGAGCUGUUCAUUAUAAAGCAAGAAAGAGAUUCUCUUAACGAUAAUUUGAUGGAGUUGAAGAAAAAGUUGCUGAAUUUUGAAGAUGAGGAAGAUUAA